UGUCCCCUCCCAGGUGCGCCCCGCCCGCCGGCCUUGGGGCCGGGCUAUAACCUCAGCCCGAGGGCCCCGCACGGCCCCGGCCGGUGACGGUGCCACCAGGUGACACCAGAAGGUGACAGCAGGCGAGACCAAGCGACAUCGGAGGUGACAGCGAUGCUGGCGCUGCUGUUCGCGCUGCUGCUGGCGCUGCUGGGGUCCCGGGGGGCGGUCGCGCAGUGCCCCGCGCCCGCCGAGCUGCGCCCCACGAACGGGACCCGGCUCUGCGCGCUGCUCUACGCCGACAACAGCCCCUACUACGACCAGUGCUGCGCCGGGGACGCGCUCGAGGUGCUGCCGGACUCCGACAUGCCCUACCUGCCCGUGGGCUGGGCCGGCCGCGCCUCCUCGCUCGUGGUGGGCACCCGGUGCGAGCUCACCGUGUGGUCCCGCCGCGCCAAGGCGGGCAAAACGCGGCGCUUCUCGGCGGGAGCGGUGCCGCGGCUGCAGGAGGUGAAACGGGGGCUCUUCGGGGACUGGAACGACGCCAUCCGGGCUCUGUACUGCACCUGCAAGUGAGCCCGGGGGACACCUGGGGGACACGGGGGGACAUGGGGGGACACGGGGACAGGAACGACGCCAUCCGGGCUCUGUACUGCACCUGCAAGUGAACCUGGUGGGGACACGUGGGGGACACGGGUUGGUACGGGUCAGGAUGGGCCAAUGCAGCUCACCAUGAGCCAACGUGGGUCACCGCGACUUGACGUGGGUCAGGAUGUGCCAGCGUGGGUCAGGAUGUGCCAACGUGGGCCAGAAUGUGCCAAUGUGGGCCAGAAUGUGCCAGCGUGGGUCACUGCCACCUGGCACAGGUCAGAACGUGCCAGCAUGCAUCACCGUGUGCCAGCAAGAGUCAGCGCGGGUCAGCCUGAGCCAACGUGGGCCAAGGCACCCCCAAGAUGGCCAAGAUGAGCUGACACGAGCCAACACUGGCCUAGACAAGGCAAGCUGGCACUGCCAGGAUUCACCAUCAGGGACCGAGCCAAGCCAAGCCAAGCCAAGCCGAGCCAAUGUGACCCAGCACUGGCCAAGAUUCACCAUCAGGACCCAUGCCAAGCCAAACCAGGCCAAACCAAGCCAAGUCAACAUGAGCUGGCACUGGCCACAAUUCACCAUCAAGGACCAACCCGAGCCGAGCCACUGCGAGACCCCAUGUGCCCC